GAGGGUGAAACUGACUAGUAUACUAUAGGAUUUCAAAAGAGUCGGACACAUCGGUAAAUUUCAUUGUUAUUUUGCUGUUGUGCAUUUGGAAAUAAAUAUCCUUAAAUUAAAUAUUUAAGACUUUAAAUAUUCAGGAAAAUCGCGAAUCAAAAAAUGGAGUCUUAUAUUGAGGCGGACAAUUUCGCAGGGUUUGCGAAAGCCAUUAAAAAAAAGUCAGUUAACGAUUUAACACCAAUUUUUGAGAACUUGUUAUCAAGACCGCAACGAGCACAAUUCCUAAAACUAUGCUUACAAAAAGGAUGUAAUAGGAAUUACGUGAAUAAUGAGACUGGAAAAGCUGCCAUAAACUAUGCUGCUGAAUCUUUGCAUUUCAGUAAUUUAUAUCUGUUAAUUAAUUUUGAGCAAGAAAAACACGAAAAAGAUAAGAAGAUGUCUACCGAAACAAUCAAAGAGACUUAUAAUAAGGAAGAGGAGAUGAAAACUUCUAACCGUAACUCUGUGACAAUAAAUGUAGAAAAUAGUAAUGACGAUCGCUCCUCAGCUGACGAAGUUGAGGAAUCAAUAGAAAUAUUGCCUCAGAAAAAUGUAUCCGAAACAUCCAAGCGAAAAGCUGCUAUAAAAGAUAUAGAUCAUAAAUACGAAAACCAAACGGCACUCAACUAUUUAGCCAGUCAUCUAACUUUAGAAAAUGCUGGUGAAAUUCGUGAGUGCAUGGAACUGUUGCUUAGAAAUGGCGCAGAAGUGAAUACAAUGGAUGAUUCCGGGGAAGUACCGUUGAGCUACGUGAUGAAGAACACUGAGUUGAGUCCAAAUGAUAAAUACGAGCUAAUCUACAGACUGCUUCAGCGAUAUACAACAGCGGAUUUAAUUGCCAAAGAGGCGUGGAACUAUUUGGAAACUAAUCAUAUGAAAAAGCAUUCAGAACUUAAAAGAGACAAUCUUGAAGAGAUGAUAUCUAGGCAAAAGGAUUCCAUUUUCGAUAUUGACUAUAUGGGUAAUAUAUUGGAGAGCUACGCGAAGGGCGAUAAAAAUGCAUUAAAUCUUCUACGUCAAAUAUUGAGUUUACAAUCAAAGGACUUUAACUAUGAAUUUCUUAAAAAGUUAAUGUCUUUUGAAGAAGAUUAUGACUUAGAAGAGUUGCUAAAAACACCAAAACUACAAGUCGAUUAUGUAAAGUUAGCUAAGUGGGUUAUCGAAAUGAAAGAUAUAAAGCUAUUAGAAGUGCUGUUAAAGAGAAAAGAUGGCCUCGCUAGUGCUGCGGAUGAAGAGGGAAUUCCUCUAUUACAGUUUGCAACUUUGAGGUACAGUGAUGAGGCAGUCAGAAGUCUGCUAUCUCAUGGAGCAUACAUGGGCAUGCGGAGCGACUACAAAACGCUGCCCAUUAAGAACAUAAAACCCGACAUCUUAGAAGAACAUUUGGACUCUUGUAUUCAAAUGAAUGACGAAAACGUUAUCAUGGACUUCUCAAAUAUUUCCCAGCCACCAAAUGAAACAAACUUAAAUUUUCAACAGUCUUAUAAUGACAUGAGUACCAUCUCUUAUAUUAAGCAAUCUAAAAGUCUGAGGCAUUUACUUAACCAUCCAAUGGUUUCGACCUUUCUGUCUCACAAGUGGCACACAUACUCAAAAUUCUUUUACUUUCAAAUCUCCUUUUACUUUCUGAAUCUAUUAUAUUAUAUCACAUUGAAUGAAUAUGAUUUUAAUUUUUUUCUGCUCGGUGUCAACUUUUUAUUGUUUCUGCUUGCCUAUCAUGACGUUGCAGCUAUUUGGCUGGAUAUCUCACUAGGCGUCAUGUCAUUCUUCUACUUGUAUACACCCCAGAUUCGAGACGAGAUUCUAUACUAUAUUCAUAUUCAGACAUUCAUAUUGCUAUUCGCAUGUCUCAAGCUAUUUUCAUACAUGAAAGUGGUGCCCGUAGCAUGGAUAGCGAAACCUUUUGGGAUGCUCUUUGCGGUAAUCAACACUGUACUCGAAUCGGGAAUUCUAAUUUUGGUGGUGGUUACAUUUGGAGUAUGUUUCCAUAUAGAAUUCGGAAAUUCAACGGAGACAACGAAUGCCACGGAUACUUCAAGCUUGAAUUUUGAUGACCCCGGCUCAGCAAUCAUGAAGUCAUUUAUAAUGUCAACCGGGGAAUACGAAGCUAGCAGUGCUAAUAUUGAAACUUUAGGGCAAUAUCUUCUAUUAUUUCUGUUUAUCAUCAUCGUGGGAAUUUCGUUAUUUAAUCUCCUUGUCGCGAAGGCCUUAAACGACAUUCAGUUGAUUCAAAACCAAGCGGAAAUUUAUAAUGCCAUAUAUCGCAUCAAUUUAGUGAACACCUAUGAAUUAAUCGGCAAGAUUAUUAAAAAGGUUGCGAAUAAAUUUAAUUGUCUUCAAAAGGCGUCUUUUACGUUAAAGGAGAUAAUGAUACAAAAAUUUAAUUAUCCGCUAAAAAUGACUUUUUACUAUACCAAAGGUAAUGCCACCGAUAAAGGCACGACUGAUUAUGCUAUUGAUUUCGUCAGCCCAAAGAGGAUGUUUUUCGGAUUAAUCAAAAUGCAUCAACACUUAGACUAUAAUUCGUUCAAACGUGUAAUCAAAAUUGCUGAGAAAAAUUCGAACAAGGAACAACAAAUAAGUCAGAACAUAGAGCUGAAUAGUGAUAGAGCAGAUUUUCAAAGAAAAUUGGAAAUUGCGAUGAAGGAUCAAAUGGACAUAAUUCAAAUUAGCUUACAGCAACAGACUGAGACUAUUAAGCGUAUAGAAACUAUCUUACAGGAAAAUAGGUACACAAAAUAAAAUAAUCUCAUAAACAUGAAUCUGAAUUUAACUGUUAAAGCAACGAUGUUAUUUAUCAUAUGUAUUUAAU